ACACACACACACACAGACACACACACACACAGACACACACACACACACACACACACACACACACACACACACACACACACACACACACACACACACACACACACACACACACACACACACACACACACACAAGCCCCGCCCAUCUCCACCUGGAGCCGGGAGGCCUCGAGCGUCCCUGGAAACAGUAAGAGAGAGCCAAACUUAGCACGCGGAGGAGAGGACGGCGGAAAGCAGGAUGGAGGAGUCAGACCUGCUGAGAGAGAGGCUGCAGGCCAUCACUGAGAAGCAUCGUAUUCAGGAGGACAUCAGACGGAAGAAAGAGGAGCUGGACCGAGAGAAACUCAAACUGCAGCAUCUCAAGAAAAAGUCUCUGAGGGAGCAGUGGCUGCUGCAGGGAGCAGUUACCCACAAUGCAAUACACUCUCCACAACGACAACAUCAUCAACAAGAGAGCGCCACGCGUGACCAACAGGAGACCAAAACUCUGCAGCUCAACAUACACAGGAUAGAGAUGGACGUUCUCUCUCUGGAGAGGGAGGAGUCUAUCGUCUCCACCAAUGAGAGCUUAAUCCUCAACCGACUGAAGGCUGUGGAGAGGAGUUCAGAGGACAUCAUUAGGGAGGCUCAGGACAGCUUUGUUUUUGCGCCCCCUCAGGUCACCACAGUGUUCCCAGAGGUCCAAGAAUGCCCCUCUCCUCCAGCCAGCCAACACCAUGAACCAAUUACAUCAAGACAGACUCUGUUUGCCAUGGAGAUCAACGUGACUAAAAACCUGCUGACAGGAGAGAGUAAAGUUCUGUCCACUGCAACGAUUCCUGCUGACGAGUUACACCAACACACCGGACUCAAGGUUUACGAUGACGGCAGGAAGUGUGUCUACGCACUCAAUUCACAAGAGCAUUCACAUGAUCGAAGCUGUGCCUCCGAACUCUCAGCCAAUGAGGUGGAGCAGCUGCUGAGGAGCGCCACAGUGCAUCGCAAAGAAAACCACCAGAACUACUGUGAACCUCGCAGCACGAGGAAGGAGCUGUACUUUUAUAAUCAUAUUAAUGAGAGAGAAGGAGGGGGGGACUGUGACAUCAUAAACAAGGGAGAUAACAAUGGUGACCAUCACCUCAGAAAUGGCCGAAUGGAGACAGACUACGGAUGGCAGAGAAAAGCGAGUGCAGAUAAUCGGGAAAACCAUUACAGAGGACAGGAAAAGAAAAAAAAACAGAGCAACCUGAGGGAAGGUCAUCGCCAUGAAAACCGAAGUGGGUUUGGUCAUUACUAUGGCAACCAGAAAUGCCGUGAAUACAGUUCCUAUGAGGUGAGGAACUGCCACACUAUUCAAGGAGAUCAGCCCCAUUGCUGCUACACCAGCUGCAUCACCAGGAGUAACAGCAAGGUACAUGGAGAUAGAACCAAUGGCUGCCCUCUUCCCAGAUCGCAUAACCAGGAAGCAGUGUCUGCUUAUCAACCACAGCUCUGCUACACCCCAGCCAAUCAUAUCCCUCUUAGUGAUUACAUCAGUGUGGGUGAAGAGAAUCUUUACUGCUCGAGCCAACGUUCCGAUCACAAUGGAAACCAUCCCACUGCUCUGUACAGUGGCCCCGCCCCCACUGACAGACUGCCCUCCCCCCUCUUCGAGGACAAUGCCCCUUACACCAUCCUCAAUGCUGUCAACACCACCGAGCCAAUCACAGCCAUCUUCAUGGGCUUCCAGACGGCGCAGGACGACAGGGGGCUGGGUCAUGAGUUUGAGGGUUCUCUGAAGGCAGAGCUGGUCAUCAUUGAGGACAGCGAAGACGUUGGUGAAGACAACAACACAAAGGAGAACAACAAUGCUGGUCCAACAACGGACAACAAUUAUCAAAAUGAAAGAUCAACCACUGGAAACCUGAAACAUACGCCGAGACCAGUGGGACCAGGUGCGUGUUUGCAGGUAAAGAGGGUGGACCGAGGUCUUCCGCUGUAAUCCCUGACUGACCACACACAUCAGUUCUUCAUCAUCAUCAUCUUCCUCUCUGCUGCCCUUAUACAUCACUUUCAUCCGUUCAAACCUGUUACUGAUCCUCUGACUUUAAACUAUCGCUGUGAUGAGCUAGAAGAGUAUUUCAGCACUCAAGAUUAGACUCAGCCCUGUGUCUUUACCUGCUUUAGAAAAGGAUGUGAGUCAGCAUUUCAGACUAGACUAGACCCACCUCUACCGUAGUCUCCCUUAAAACAGAUUAUUGUAACAUUACAACAGAUCAUAAUGUAUCUAUACAGAGGUUCAGGUGGACCUCCACGCUGACCUGAACAGACUCACCUUGUCGUCAGUAGAAUCACUGAAAACAAAACUCCUCUCAUGCUGCCUCUGAUUCACCUGUUGAUAACCAAGCUAAAGCUUUAAAUAACAUCAGUGUGAAAUAUCCACAAAGGAAAGGAAACACACAGAGCAUGUUUCAGGAGUCUCACACUUUAUUAAAGAGCUCAUCAGGACACCUUUCAUUUGGCAAUAAUACAUGAUCAAACUCAAGGCCAACAAACUAAGAUCAAACAGAAGCAGGAUAAAUGAGCAGAAAGAGUAAAAUAAGAUUACCAUAUACAGA